UGCAAACUGCAGAGCGCAGGCUCUCCGUAAGGUGGCAGUAUCUUUAGCUUCGCAUUCCUGACAGUGUGAUAGAGCUGGUUUCAGGAGGGACGGAGGAUCUGACUUCCACAGUUACUCGUUAAUUACAUUGUUCAUUACACGUAAUUAACUUUUCAACAUGUUCUCCUUCAACAUGUUUGACCACCCAAUUCCGCGGGCUUUCCAAAACCGUUUCUCCACGCAAUACCGUUGCUACUCUGUGUCCAUGCUGGCUGGACCCAAUGACCGAUCUGAUGUGGAAAAGGGAGGAAAAAUCAUCAUGCCCCCUUCUGCACUUGACCAGCUCAGCCGUCUUAACAUCACAUAUCCAAUGUUGUUCAAGCUGACCAAUAAGAACUCAGAUCGGAUGACUCACUGCGGUGUGUUGGAGUUUGUUGCUGAUGAAGGAAUUUGCUACCUUCCUCACUGGAUGAUGCAGAACCUGCUGCUGGAAGAGGGUGGACUGGUGCAGGUGGAAAGUGUUAACCUCAUGGUGGCCACAUACUCCAAAUUCCAGCCCCAGAGUCCAGAUUUCCUGGACAUCACCAACCCCAAAGCAGUAUUGGAAAAUGCAUUAAGAAACUUUGCAUGCCUGACCACUGGGGAUGUUAUUGCAAUAAACUACAAUGAAAAGAUCUAUGAACUGCGGGUUAUGGAGACCAAGCCAGAUAAGGCAGUAUCCAUCAUUGAGUGUGAUAUGAAUGUGGAUUUUGAUGCACCGCUGGGUUAUAAAGAGCCAGAACGCCGCUCCCAGCAUCCUGAAGAGCCUUCAGAGGAAGAGGGUGACCCCAGCAGUUAUGCCGAAAUGGACCUUGGAUUCCGUGCAUUCACUGGCUCGGGAAAUCGUCUGGAUGGCAAGAAGAAAGGCAUUGAGCCCAGUCCCGCUCCCCUCGAUCCCAGUGACAUCAGAAGGGGGAUUCCCAACUAUGAAUACAAAAUCGGGCGGAUUUCCUUCAUCAGGAAUUCACGACCUCAGCCCAAGAAGACUGAUGAUGAGGACACCAUGAGCCGGUUCAUCGCUUUCUCUGGGGAGGGACAGUCUCUACGCAAGAAAGGAAGGAAACCGUAGAGAAGCUACGGACACAACUGUGCACAGGCUGACCAGAGACUGCAACUGCAAUCGCCACAUGGAAUAACAAAGAAAUUCCUCAUGUAAUCUCAGAACCCUAAAACAAAAUACGUUUUCUUUCUCACCUAACAGGGAUUAAUUUUCAUUUUCAUUUUUUGUUAAUACAACUCUAUAUCCUUCAGAACAGUGCAGUUCUUCUUUGAGAAUAUGACUGCAUUUUUAAAGGUUAGCAUUGGUCCGGUAAGUUUAUUAAAAUGUUUGAGAAAAGCUGUAUCCUUGAAGGAAGUGGAGCAGCCUUGGGAUUUAAAAAAAUAAUCUUUUUUUUUUUUGGUGUUAUUUAUCAAGUUUAUAUUCCAGAUCACCAAUUGCUGAAAACGAGGAGAAAAUGUACUGUUUGUAUAUGCACACAAUACAAUAAAUGAGUGUUUUGAAUAAAA